GCUCCUGAUGGUCGGUAUAGUCGUUUGCGAUCCCGUCCGGCGAACAGUCUUGCACAGUGCUCCGAAGUGUUGGUCUAUUCUCAACAUUAAUUAUCCACAGAUUCUGAAAUAAAACACACAGUUUUUUUUUUAAUUCCCCGGGAAUAUUAUUACAUAUACCGUCUAGUUUUAUAAUUUCUAUUUUUGAUAAAUCCACGACCAUAUACAACAACAAACAAUGAUCCGUUGUCAGAUGUACGCGAUGGUUGUCUUCGCAUUCGGGUGUCUCGUCUUGUUACCGGACCACAGCACAGCGAUCAACUGUUGGGUGUGCUCCACGGACACGGACCAACGUUGCAACGACCCGAUGAACAUGACCAAAGGUGCAAUCGAGGACUGUAGCAGAGCACCGCAUUCGGCUUUCUUGCAGCCCGUGUGCAAGAAACAAAAACAAAGAGUGAACGGCGAGCUGCUGAUAAUCCGGUCAUGCGCUUGGGCGUCGGACAGCCGGAGCGACGAUGGCCCUUGCGCCAUAAACACCCCGGCGAACAUACGCAUCGAACACUGCAGCACGUGCGACCAGGACCUUUGCAACGGCUCAGUGGUCAUCGGAGGUUGCACCGUGUUCCUGACCAUGGUUUUGGCGGUUGCGGUCCAUCUCGUUACCUACUAACACAGUAACACCACACAUAUUUUUUUUUGUCCACUCCGAAACACGCAUUUCUCCGCUCCGACCAUAACAUGGUCAUGUCUACUACGACAAUCACGUAGGCAUAUGACACACAUGUAUGUAGGUUUAUACGGAGUGUAACAUAAAUAUAUGACAAAUUUAAUGACAUGCGUGUUCUAGUUAAUAUCUUUUAAUUUUUUUUUUUUUAAUAAUUAAUAAAUAAUAGUACCUACGCAGUUAAUACGUGUAGGACAAGCGUCUGUAUAAAUUAUAUCGAUUAAAAAAAAAAUUGAAAAUGUUGAUGAGAACACAAGUUAUUUCGUUUAUAAUAUCUUUCCGUUACAUUCCUAUAAUAUACUCAUAUACUGUUUGUUCAACUGUAGGUAUAUACAUUACUAUUUUAUAAUAUAUAAUAUAUAUAAACCUAUUUAUUUAAUACAUCUUUCUUUCACCCAUGCGAGUCGUCCUUCCCCUUAAAUACCUUAAUAUACCAGUACCCACCCAUAGUGUUCUAAGACACAAUUUUUUUCACUCCGACGAAAAGCUAAUAUUAAUAUACACCCAACAGCAAGUACAUUCUACAUGGGUAUGAUUUCUUCGAUAUUAAAUAUCUCUCUUUUCAUAAUUAUUGCACCAAUGUUAAGUUAAGCAAAGUAUAUAGGUAAUUAUAAUAAUUAAUUUUAAUAAUUUUAUAUUAUGAUUGAAAUUUAUUUAAACUACCGUCCUAUCUAUAAGAAAUUGUAAAUGGUUAUUAAGAAUUACAUUUUUAUAAUUUAUCAUUAUGAACUUAUCUUCUUCUUCUUCUUUUCCUUCACUCACAACUAUAUAUAUGGGGUCGACCACCCUUGUCCUACACAUACAAAGAGCUCUGUUCAUCACACUAUAAAUUUAUAACUACCUACCUUUUAUUUAAAUGUUUGUUUUGUUAUUUAAUGUAAUUUGUUAAUAUUAAUUAAAAAUCUAAGUACCAUCUACUUUUUUGAUGCAAUAUAGGAUUACUUAAGUAUUUUAUAUGAUUUUUUACAUUAAUACCUAAUUAAUAGAUAUAACCUACCCAGUAGGUAUGAUAAGUGCGCUGUUCUCAUAGGUGUGUAAAAAAGGGAGGUGUAAUACGUUUUUUAUGUUCUUGAAUAUUACGAUCUCGGAUCUACACAAUAUUAUACAGGUUGGUACUUUUAAUUUAUAAUGUAGAUUAAAUACAAUGUACUUCAAUAGUUGUAUACCUACCUACCUGUUAAUAAUGAUAAAUAAUAAAAUAAUAUUCUGGUUAUAUUUAACUUGGUACUUUAUUUUUAAUUUGAUUUCAUAUUUUGUACGAAAGCACCAUUUCCUUUCAAAUGGAUUUUGGUUGUUAUUUUAAAAUAUGUAUCAUUAUGUUAAACCGCUUGUUUUUUUUUAUUUUGUUACGAUCAAUAGGGAAAGUGUAACCGACUUUAAACGUCCUGUUGUAAUAAUAAGACAAUUAUGUUUUGGCUACGCUAAAAUUAUUGCUGUUUAAACUUGCUUUUGGUUUUUUUUUUUUAAAUUGUUUUUAUUAUUUAAAUAUAAGUAUAUAUUGGUAUUAUAUAUAUAUUAUUUCGUUCACGUCUUCCCAGUUCGGGUCAAUUCGUUGUGCAAAUUUUUAUCAGCUAUCCGUCCAAAAAAUAGCGCGUGGAUCUCUUGCUGUGUUGAGCAUUAGGUCAACGACAUUACAUUUUGUAUAAAAUAUAGUGUACAAAAUAGAAAUUUUAUAUUUUUAA